UGCAGAUGACUCCAGCCAUGAAGGCCCUCGCAUUUCUCAUUGCCCUUCUCCUGGUGGCCUUCCAGGUCCAGGUUGAUGCAAUGCCAGCAAAAACUGAAGAGGCUGGAGCCCAGGAGACACCCAAGGCAGUGGGUAACGAUGUGCCUGUUUCCUUUGAAGAGGCUAAACAUCUUUCUCGUAAUGCUCGAGGUGUCAUGAGAGACUUUACCUGCUAUUGCCGAGCUGCAGGCUGUCCAUGGGGAGAAUAUCCAAAAGGGCCCUGCUCCAUCAGCGGUAUGCAUUUUACUCUCUGCUGCCGCUAAGUGUCAAGA